UAAUCUGCUUUUGAUCGUAUUAUAUUCACACAUAUACUUUCAAUGACAACCCUAACUACUUCUGCUUAUUUUAACCAACCAUAAAAAAACAACAUUUAGUCCUUUCAGUCAUCCAACCUAAAGUUUUCUUUCUAUCUUCAUAUGGUCUCUUUACUACUUUCUUUCUUUGUAACCUCCCCUCAUUUUUCAGAAUGCCGGCCACUCCACCUCGCUGCUGAUGGAGGACAUGAAGAAAUUGUGAGAUUUCUCCUUCACUCUGGAUCGGAUACAGAAGCAACUAAUUACGAAGGCAUGACGCCGCUCCACCUGGCGUCCUGGGGAGGGCACGCAGAGGUCAUCGAGGUCCUGCUUCAAAAAGGCGCAAAUGGGAAUGCAAGGACCAACGAAGGCAUGACGGCAAUCCACCUGGCGAGUAUGGGGGGCCACGUGUCCUCGAUGGAGGCGUUGGCGCCCACGUGUGACAUCCUUUUAGUCACUCGCGAUGGGAAGUCGGCGCUCCACCUGGCGGCCGAGUACGGAAACUUAGGCGCAGUCCAGUGGCUGCAUCUGCAAGGGCUUGCCACUUCUUUAAAGGAUCAUUCAGGCCAAACUCCUCUCCAAUACGCGAAGGACGAGGGACACAAGAAGGUGAUGGAUUUCCUAAAACGUCUUGACCAACAGACCCUCAACCAGCGUCGCGUAAAGCAACGUUCACCAGAAGCACUUGCACAGGUACACACCUUUGGCUUGCAUAUAUGUAUAUGUAAACAUGCAUAUAUUCAUAUAUAUACAUAUAUAAUUAUAUUUAUAUAUGUCAGUGCUGGUCCGAAGCCCGGAUAAAAUAGAGAGAAUGAUUACCUAUAA